GCAUCAUGACUUUGUGUUUUUGGAGUCGUUUACGAAUCAGAGUUUCACAGUUUUGUGCCGGAUACAUCAUUAGUGAGAAUUACACACAACAAAGAUGCAAUGAAUAGUCUGAAAUGACUGCUGCGCCCUUCCGCGUCCACAGAGGUGCAGAUUGUACACAGGUGAGAUCGGUGACGUCAUACAGGAAGUACUAUAGGGGCAUACGUGUGGUUUGGAGUUUCUGCUAUCGUGCUGUUGAACUGUAGCCCGAAAACUCUGGACGUUAUUCACAGAAAAACGUCGUUCCCUGCUGAGAGAUGUGCACUUUUGAUAAGGACAAAGGGCCAAGGAGGCUGAUGAGGAAGGGGUUGGCCCUUAUAAUCAUCGGCCAUAUAAACUUCAUCUUUGGCGCCAUUGUCCAUGGCAGCAUUCUCCGCCACAUUUCCAAACCCAGCCAGCAAAUUUCUACUGAAUACACCGUGACCAACAUCAUCUCCGUCACCUCGGGCUUGCUGAGUAUUGCAACUGGGAUUAUUGCCAUUGUGGUGUCAAGGAACCUUAAUGUGCUCAAAGUGCAAAUAGGCCUCCUGACUGCAUCAAUCCUGAAUGCUUUGCUCUCAGCAGCAUGUUGUGUCGGACUUCUCUUUGCCAUUGGUGUCACAAUUGCCCACGAUGGGAAGGGUUUGAUGGUCGGUUGCAGUGACACACAGGUGCCCAUCAAUGCUCGGUCACCUAUUGGUGUCCGAUGUCCAUUUGAUACUACAAGGAUCUAUGACACCACCCUGGCUCUGUGGAUCCCCUGUGCAGUGUUUUCGGCAGUUGAAGUGGGACUGUCAGUGUGGUGCUUCAUGGUGGGACUGGCUCUCAGGGGGCUGCCACCCUGCAAGAACAACUACAUCAAAGAGCAGUUGGAGGAAGAGGCCCAGUGCUCUCCUCACAGCCGACACCUGAUUGGAGAACGUGCGAAUUCCGAACUGUAACUAAACAACAAGUAGCAAGCACAUCUAAGAAGGCUAAAUCCCAAAAAGCAUGACUGCAUCUCUGCACAGACUGAACUAUUUCUUCUACAGUCAUUUAGGGUAGUGUUACUCCAGUAAUGUAGUGCAGGAAUGGAAUGAGUUUACUACAGUUGGCUGCUCACAGCUCCACUUUGUGUGCCUAAUUAAUGUUAAUUUAGUGAACACAUCACAAAAAAAACCCCUAUUGACUGAUGGGAUUCAGCGUUCAUGCCAAUGUAAGAGACAAUAUAUACAGGUACAAAGUAAGAUAUAAAGAAUGAUUUCAGUCCUGUACCCCUACUUGACUGUUUGGGUUUUAAGUGUGCCAAUACGAUAAAACCUUUGUUCAUGAAGGAAAAACCAGCAACAAUGUUUUUAGAUUAACUCAAGUAUGUUUUAGCAUGUAUGCUUAUUUCAGAGACGUAUAGCUUUUCGCAAUAUAUUUAGUGUUUUACUGUUUGUACAGAUUAAUUAAUCCACUGUGCUGCAUUUAAGAUGCCUUCAGCGGACCACAGAAAAGCAGGUGUCUUGCUGUUUAUGCAAAUUGGAAACCUAUGAUGAAGAUGUUAUGUAAAUUGGAAAUUUGUUGUAUUGAAAGAUAAUUGUAAAGGUAACUGAAAUGAGCAUCUUGGGAUGGAGAACCCUAUUUGCUUGCUGAACAUGCCAUUGGUGUGGUUGUACUGUAUUUAAUAUGCAUUAUAAAGUGUUUUUAUAUAUUCUUUUUCUAAUUACAUUAUUAUUUGUCAGCUUUUUGCUUAAAUUCUGAGAAAACAUGUUUCAAAGAGAUUUUAAACUAAAACUGUAGUGAGAUUAAAUUGAGUAUGCUUUUUU